GAUCGGGAGGCAUUUUUUUGACAUGUACGCGAAAUUCUCGGCUUGUGUGGGCGUGCUUUUAGGUUAGGUACUAAAUAUGAAUUUGUAAGUGUAAAAGAACUGAGAUGUAUCCAAAAUUAAAACAUAUUUAUAAAAUGGAAACAGUGCUUUUGUCAAUAACUACUAUACUGUGUAGCAUAUUAGUCAUCAAAUUACUUUUCAAGCUUAGGUCGACGUUGCCUUGGCGUGUAAACUGUUGGUUUUGUAAUAGUAACUUUUGGACGAAAUUGCCUAAUCGCAACAGCUGGACUUGUCCAAAAUGUGAUCAGUACAAUGGCUUCACUAAGGAUGGUGACUACAACAAACCGGUGAUACCCACAGAACAAUCUCUACAGACGCCCAAAGUGUUCCAGAAGACUCCCCCAAAGAAUGGCUUGUGCCAGAUGUGUAACAUAAACCAGCAGUUGAAGGUGGCACAGCUGGCCAACUUUGUCCCCAUGAAUGAAAGGAACUUUGAUGAAGAGAUUGAAUCUUACAAGGUACAACUGGAGAAAGCUUAUAGAUUAUGCAGCCCCUGCAAAAGGGUACUUCAAAUGAAACUGCAUAAAGAAAAAGAGACACUCUUAGGAUACAAAUUUCUUGAAGCCAGAACACCAGAUAAGAAAGGCCAGAAGAUGGAGAAAAGAAGCCAAAUCCUGAAAUCCAUUAUCAAUAAUACCUCCAUGUUGACUGCCGGAAUACUGAUAAUGAUUGUAUCUGUUGAAUGCUACAAAAAUGUACUAAAAAACAACAGUUUAUCCAGUACCAUGAAUAAUGUAAAAGACAUUGUAGUAGGUCUGCUGGAAAGAAUCAUAGCUAUACUCAAAAUGAAAGCCAUAAUGACAUUCCCAUCUCUUGAAAAUUACUUGAGUAACAUAAAUAGCAUAUCUCUGACUGAAGUGAUGCCAAAAAUAUUUAUUGGCAAAGAUUUAGAAAGUAUAUUUACAAUGACUCAGAAAAUGCUGGGAGGUUUUGUGUGUCUAAUACAAAUAAUUGGACAUGUAUGGAAUAUUAAUAACUUGAAGUAUACAAUCAUAAUUGACUUACUGUGGUCAGUAUUUGUUAUAUCGACUAUAGCCCAGCCCCCAGUUGACAUAGAUCCAGUAGUAAUGAGUGUUAUAAAGUUGACUAGUGCUCUAGCAGUGUUAUUUGUAUACAGAAACAUGAAGAGUAAAACAAGUAAAAGCAGAUUUACAAGAGCUCUAGUGACACCAAAGAAAAUGAAAAAUCUAGUGAAUGGCAAUAAGACUUCAAUAGUGGACGACGAAGAUACGAUAUCUUUAGACACUGAUGAUGACGUUUCCCUCAAUAAGUUUGGACUUCAUAACCUUUCUGAAUCCUCUAAUGAGACUCUGAACCCAGUAAACAGCAGUUUAAUGAACGGUCGGUCAUUCACGCCGCGCUCUGACAGUCUUUGGUCAAAACCUAAACUGAAUUCCACAUUUUGCGUUAAUUCAUUAAUUUCCAAAAGUCCAAGUUCUGUUUCUGAAAAUGUAUUUAUUAAGCCUUCGUUUAACAAGUACCAGAAGCUAGCAAAAGACGACUCAGACUCCGAAUUAGAUGAAAGCAUAAGUUCCUUGUGUAUAGGUAGUCCAAAAAAAGCUAUGAGCAACAAUUCUAUAUUUUCUCUUAGAAAGUUUACAGCCACUCCGUGUUUCGUCGCUCCGAAUCCGAUAAAUCGGUCCAGGCCGCUCAUUUCUCCGAGCAAACUGGGCCUCAACACGUCUUGGGUCGCGGGCGGCUACUGGGGCUCCGAAGGCGAGAGAACGGUGUUCAAUUUAGACGGCAGUCGUUCCUCCAGCCAGAGUUCAGGGUUCGAGUCGCAGGCGUCGAGCAUGAACCAGCGCAACGUGUUCUCGCAGCCGCCGUCGCGCGAGGAGUCGGUGUGCGGCGAGCCGAUGGUCGUGGACGGCUUCCGCGGCUGCACCGCGCCCAGUUUCAGCAACUACCAGACCCCUCAGAACUUUGCGCGCAUCAGCUCGCCGGUGUUCCCGCAGAUGCAGUACAAUGGCCACGUCCACAUACCGCAGCCGCGAUUCGCUCAACAGAGCGGGCCCAGUCAAGCCGUUUUCUCCCAACAGAGUUAUGUACAAAACAACGGGUUCAAAGCUCCGGCGGGGCUCGGCCUGAUCAAACUGCCUCAAGCCAAUUCCUUUACUUCUCGAUAAUGCAGUCUCUGCAGCUAGUCGGUUGUGUUUCUAACUUUCUUUGACUCAUAAUUUUUUGCCUUUAUUCUUUGAUAUAUUUUUCUAUAGGUUCCAAUGAACUGCCAACGUUAUUAUUAAGGAAAAAUCUUGUUAAGUUAUUAUCACAUAGUUGUGUAAGUGGUUAUUAGUUGUAAUGUUUGAGACUAAACUUAGCGUUAAGACUAUUUGCUGAUCUCGUGUUGGUGCCAGGUGAUGGCUAUAUGAAAGCAUUAAGAAUUAUUGUAUUGUUACAAUUUUUAUAUGGACGUCACUGUCCUCUUCUCGAACAAAAUGUGAUAUUGUAAAGACUAGUAAUUUUUGCAAAAAGUGAAGAAAAUGAUUCUUGAUGUUAUCAUUGUUUUGAUUUUGUCAUUUUAAAUCGGAAACUUUUUGUGAAGCUCCUGCAAAUAAAAUAUAUGUAAAGCUGUAA